GGAGAGUGUCAGGUACUGUGGUGUGAACUCCAUAGCAGCAGCUUAAGGAGAAAUAAUCUGAGAUAAAAAACUACCUUUGCCAUAUUAAAUGCAAGGGAAGAAAACCUCUCAAGAGACAACAGCAACUAUGUCUAAUGAACUGCAAACUAAUCCAAAGGGGCAGCAAACAGCCCCUAAAUCACCUGUUGGGCUUCUUAGGAAAAGAGGUCAAGAAGCAAUUCCGAAGAUGCAACCUGCCAUGAUGAUGUUCUCCAGCAAAUACUGGGCUCGGAGAGGACUAUCUUUGGAUUCAGCUAUGUAUGACCAACAGCACCUUGCAUCCUCCAUGCUCCGCAGGACAUCCUUUAAUCGGAUAGAUGAAAGACCUGACAAAGAAGAACAGAAAUCCACUCAUGACCUUGGGAAGCUGGCAGUGAUUUUCUCUCUGAAGAAUGAAGUUGGCUUUCUGGUGAAAGCGCUGAGGCUCUUUCAGGAGAAGCAUGUGAAUUUGGCGCACAUUGAGUCUCGGAGAUCAAAGAGACUCACCAAUGAGAUUGAGAUAUAUGCAGAAUGCAACUGCACAAAGAAAGAGUUCAACGAACUGGUGCAACACCUCAAAGACCACGUUAAUAUUGUCUCGUAUAACACACCUCAACAUGUGUGGUCUGCAGAGACCGACUGUUUGGACUGUGUGUGUGUUUUGGGUGGAUUGCCAGAUGGGGAAGGAAUACCAUGGUUUCCCCAAAAAAUCUCAGAGCUGGAUCAGUGCUCCCAUAGAGUGCUAAUGUAUGGCUCUGAACUGGAUGCUGAUCAUCCAGGCUUUAAAGACAAGGUCUAUCGGCAGAGGAGAAAGUACUUUGUGGAGGUUGCAAUGAACUACAAAUUUGGGCAGCCCAUCCCACGGAUUGAGUACACUGCAGAGGAAGUAAAGACAUGGGGAGUCGUUUACAGAGAACUUACAAAACUCUAUCCAACUCAUGCCUGCCGCGAAUACUUAAAAAACCUUCCUCUGCUGACAAAGCAUUGUGGGUACAGAGAGGACAACAUCCCACAGCUGGAGGACGUGUCUCUAUUCUUAAGAGAGAGGUCAGGGUUUACCGUAAGGCCUGUGGCUGGAUAUCUCUCACCACGAGACUUCCUGGCUGGACUGGCUUAUCGAGUGUUUAAUUGCACUCAGUAUAUUCGUCACAGCACAGACCCUCUCUAUACACCAGAGCCGGACACCUGCCAUGAACUGCUUGGUCACGUGCCGCUCCUGGCCGAUCCCAAAUUUGCUCAGUUUUCUCAGGAGAUUGGCCUUGCAUCUCUAGGCGCUUCAGACGAAGAUGUGCAAAAGCUGGCAACUUGUUAUUUCUUCACAAUAGAGUUUGGGCUGUGCAAACAAGAUGGUCAGUUGAGAGUCUAUGGAGCAGGUCUACUGUCUUCUAUUGGAGAGUUAAGGCAUGCGCUUUCUGAUAAAGCAACAGUGAAGGUGUUUGACCCCAAAACCACGUGCUACCAGGAGUGCCUCAUUACCACAUUUCAAGAUGUGUAUUUUGUCUCUGAGAGCUUUGAGGAGGCAAAAGAGAAAAUGAGGGAAUUUGCUAAAUCAAUAAAGAGGCCUUUUUCUGUCUACUACAACCCUUACACGCAGAGCAUCGACUUACUCAAGGACACCAGGAGCAUUGAAAAUGUGGUUCAAGAUCUACGCAGCGACUUAACCACCGUCUGUGACGCCCUGGGAAAAAUGAACAAAUACCUCGGUAUCUAAACAAACACAGUCCCUCAACAAUGCUGUAUGAUUCAGUUCAGGUGAAUCAUAUAGUUCAGUUCAUCAUUCCUUCUAUAACAGUUGUUGUGAUUAUCUGGGCUAAACAUACUGGCCUUUCCUUGUUAUUAGGAUGUACGUCACAUAAACACAGGUGUGAAAUGUCGCAACCAAUUAAAAACGGCUAUUAUUAUAAUGUAUUCAGACACUAAAGGAACAACAAAGGAAAAGAAUCAAGUGUAGUCUUUGCCUCUUUGUGCCUAAUGUUGUGCUUAAUCAUACCAGAUUUGUGUUUUAUUUUAACUACAUACUGCAGUAUCUACCAAAUGAAGGCAGUUGAUAUUAUGUACACAUAAUAAUUCAAUGUAAAAGUCCAUACGCAUUGUUCCGAUGCCAAUGCUAUAGUGUAUUUGUAUAGUAUGUUUGUGGUGCUUGCUUGAUUUGUUGCUCACAAAGCCAACAAUCAAUAAAACAUUAUAUUUUAGGAGUUUCUUUUAG